CACUCGGGAAUACCGCCAAGGAGGUUAAAGCAGAACACUGGCCUUCCUACCAGUCUUGCACAGGUGUACCAGCUCCUCCCCUUCAGUCUUGCACAGGUGUACCAGCUCCUCCCCUUCAGUCUUGCACAGGUGUACCGGCUCCUCCCCUUCAGUCUUGCACAGGUGUACCAGCUCCUCCCCUUCAGUCUUGCACAGGUGUACCGACUCCUCCCCUUCAGUCUUCCACAGGUGUACCGACUCCUCCCCUUCAGUCUUGCACAGGUGUACCAGCUCCUCCCCUUCAGUCUUGCACAGGUGUACCAGCUCUUCCCCUUCAGUCCUGCACAGGUGUACCAGCUCCUCCCCUUCAGUCUUGCGCAGGUGUUCUGUCUCCUCCCCUUAAGUCUUGUACAGGUAUACCAGCUCCUCCCCUUCAAUCUUUCACAGAUGUACUGGUUCUUCCCCUUCAGUCUUGCACAGGUGUACCGACUCCUCCCCUUCAGUCUUGCACAGGUGUACGGCUCCUCCCCUUCAGUCUUGCACAGGUGUACCGGUUCCUCCCCUUCAGUCUUGUACGGUGUACAGGCUCCUCCCCUUCAGUCCUGCACAGGUGUAACAGCUCCUCCCCUUCAAUCUUCCACAGCUGUUCCAGCCCCUCCCCUUCAGUCUUGCACAGGUGUACCAGCUCCUUUAGUUUUAGUUUUGCACAGGUGUACAGGCUCCUCCCCUUCAGUCUUGCACAGGUGUACCAGCUCCUCCCCUUCAGUCUUGCACAGGUAUACCAGCUCCUUUAGUUUUAGUUUUGCACAGGUGUACAGGCUCCUCCUUCUUCAGUCUUGCACAGGUGUACCAGCUCCUCCCCUUCAGUCUUGCACAGGUGUACCUGCUCCUCUU